AUGUCUACCAAAUCGGGAAUUGUAGCCUCCGAGGGUCUUUUGGACGCCUUUAAAAACAUCAGCAGUCCUCUUGUGAUCAAGGUGUCCGAGGACAACACGCAACUAGUCCCCGAUGACAACGCUCCAAAUUUCGGUACCGAUUUAGCCGAUAAUUUUGUCAAACUAAAUCGCUAUCUCGACGAGAUUUUUCCUCGUCCGGCUUACAUUGUGGUGCCCCAUGAGGAUACUUAUGGGUUUAUCAGUUUCAUCCCGGAUCUGGCUCCGGUUAGAGAAAAAAUGCUUUAUGCUUCGACGAAGAAUACGUUGAUGACACAAUUGGGAACCAGUAACUUUAAGAACAAGCACACUUUUGCGUGGACGGAGCCCAGCGAGGUGUCGCAUUCGAAUUUUGUUCAUGGAAAUGAGACAGAAGCUGUUUUGUCGCUGGAUGAAAAACAUGUUCAUGACCUUGCGAACAUCCAGACUUUAGAUCGUGGUCGCAUGGUGCCAAUGGAGAACCUGAAAGCUGGUAGUAUGUUGCUCUUUCGAUUGAGCCUGCAACUUGAGGCGGAAUUGGCAAAUUUGGCCGAAAAAAACCUUGUGGUUUUCGAUAUAGAUAUUGCCCAAGAAACCGUCAAUUUGGUAGAUUCAAAUCUGCAAGUAUCUACAUCGUCAUUGAUCAGCCACCUUGACUCCAUUAUUCUGAAAGAUCCGCAUCCAAUCUACGCUGUCUACAAGUAUGGGGAUGCCAAUUUUGCAUUCAUCUACUGCUGCCCUUCUGGUUCAAAAGUGAAGGAAAGGAUGAUAUAUGCCUCCAACAAGCAAGGUUUGAUCAACCACAUCAAGGGUAUAGUUCUGGUAGACAAAGUCAUUGAUGCUGGAGACGUCGAUGAGAUCGAAGUGAGCUCGUUGCUGGGCAAACAAGAAGGAGAAAUUGGCGGUGUGAAGCGCAUUAGUCGUCCCAAGGGUCCUAGAAGAAGGUAG